UUUUUUUUAAAUAUAAAGCAUUUAUUCCUGUUUCCAUUUAAUGCUAGAACGUUGAACUGCACCUCAAAGUUGAUGCAUUGAUCCGUUUCCUAUGUAUGUUUCAUACUGUUUUUCGUGUCACAGUCAAAAGUUUUGUUGCUAAAGACCCCAACGCUUUGUUGAUCCAUCUCGCUGUCUUAACUUUCACAGCAUCACUUCAUAUUUUGAUCGGAUUGAGCAAGAUAAGUAAUGCUUGUACUCCAUCAUGGAGUAUAUAUGAGCAUAUCUGUUUCCCUUUCUCCAUUAUGGAUCAUUGAAAAGAUGUUAACUGAAUUCUUCUUUAAAAAUGAGAGUUGAGAAAGAAGGAGCAAAAAAUGAAGGUGGACACGGCUUUUUCCACUUGUUUGACUGGACCUCAAAAUCUCGUAAGAAACUAUUUGCAACCAAGUCAGAUUUGCCAGAGUCCUUGAAACAGAGAAGAAAGGUUGAUGGCAACUUGGCAGCGAUGUUGCCCUAUCUGGUGGACGAAGAUGAUGAAAUUGGAGUAGGGGAAAGUAUUAGAGAAAAUGGUGAUCAUAGUUGUGCAUCAUCUGUUAUAGAUGAUGAAGUAUGUGGAACAAAGGCCCCUGGUGUAGUUGCCAGGCUUAUGGGAUUAGAUUCAUUGCCCUCUUCCAGUUUUCCUGAUCCAUAUUUUUCUCCAUACUUUGACAACCAAUCUCUUCAAGAUGUGCAGUAUUGGAGGACAAAGUUCAAUCAUCAGAUCCUAUAUUCUGGAAAAUUGAGUGAAAGAGUUGAGGGAUCUUCUAGGGCCUUCAUGGAGGCAAAGCCUCAAAAGAUCCGUAGCAGGCCAAUUGAGAAGUUUCAAACAGAAGUAAUGCCUCCCAAAUCAGCCAAAUCUAUUCCCCUUACACACCACAAACUUUUGUCCCCAAUUAAGAGUCCUGGCUUUGUUCCAACAAAUAAUGCCACUUACAUAAUGGAGGCUGCUGCAAGAAUCAUUGAAACUGGUCCCCAAGCUACUAUAAAGGCUAAAACAUCUUUGGUAGCAUCAUCAGCAGUCUCAUUGAGGGUUAGAGAUCUUAAAGAAAAAGCGGAGGCUUCACAAAAAAGACCUCUAAGUGGGUCAUCUUCAGUAACCUCUAGAGUUAGAGAUCAAAAAGAAAAAAGAGAAGUUUCUCAUAGAACUAGUAGGCUUUCUGAAGCUUCUCAAAGGUCAACUGAGUCUAACGAUGCCAAGUAUCUAAAGGGACAAUCUUUGCACAAAAGUUGGAAUGGAUCUGUGGAUACUCCUGUCAGAUUACCUACUCAAGUAGAACAAGAUUCUACUUUGAAAAAUAAAGGGAAGUCUAUUUCACUUGCAAUCCAAGCAAAAGUGAAUGUUCAAAGAAGGGAAGGUUUGGGUUUUAGCAGUGGAAAAAGUUUGGUGGAGCAAAAGGAACAAUGUGACAUUAAACCCUCCCAGCAGCCUCUGAAAGCUAAUGUUCAAAAAAGUUUACAUAAGAAAUCUUCUGGUCAAAAUGCAUCUGGUGUUCUCAGGCAGAAUAAUCUGAAACAGAAUUGUUCAAUGGAUAAAGACAGACAAUCAUCAAAGCCAUUGGUUUCCAAUACACACAAUAGAAAAGUUAUGAGUGGGGAUUCCUCUUGUGGACGUCACAGAAGCUCUAGUAGUAAAUCCAUUGCAAAAUCUAUAGUUGGCCUUAAAAAAUCAUCCAUGCAGGUGACAGAUAGUGAAAAGGAAGUUCUAUAUACCCGUGCCAACAAUUUCCCUAGGAAGAAGAGGUCCACAGACAGGGAAUGGAAUGAUAGGGUUGUUGAUAAUUUGUUCAUUGACAAAAGUCAGAAGCCUGUUCAGUCUAAUCUAGUUAGUAAUAAACACCAUGGUGGGGCUGCAGAAGUCAAAAAGAAAGACAAUGAUGUAGUUUCCUUCACAUUUACCACACCAUUGACAAGAAGCAAUUAUGGUUUUGACACUGACUAUGAUAGUACAAGGUCUCCAGUAGUGUACCACGAUAUUGGUGGUGAUGCCUUAGGUAUCCUUUUGGAUCAGAAGUUGAAGGAAUUAACAUAUGGAGUUGAGAACUCUUAUGAUGACUCCUUCAGAGCAAGGUCACUUUCCAGUACUGCCCCGAAAUCGAAAGAUUUGGUACUUAAUUCAGUUGACUUCAUUCCACGGUUGCAACAGAAGAAAGACCAAGACAUGAUGUUGACAGAUAAGCUAUUCAGUAGUCAUGAAUGUGAUUCCUUCACUAGUCUUCCAGAAUUAUCAUACAAACAUAGACUUUGGGUUGAUAAGAUCAAUCCUAUGGAGGCAGAGUCAUUCAAUUGCGGACAGCCAAGUCCAAUGUCUGUUCUUGACCCUUCCUUUUCUACUGAAAGCUGUGAAUCUCCAUUCAGCACAAAUGCUGCCAGUUUAGAAGAUCUAAACAGAAGGAAACAAUUUCUGGGCUCAGGAAGUGGCUUGAAUUCCUCAAGGAAGCAGUUCCAUCCUUUAGAGGCUGCUGAUCCAGACUUGUUGGAUUCAGCAUCAACUUGGAGCAUGGAAAAGAAACAUGCAAGUACAUGGUGUCAAGUGAAGUUCGGAGAAUCAAGUACAUGGGAGUUGGAUUAUGUGAAUGAUAUAUUGUGUAAUGUGGAGUUGAUGUUCAUGGACUUUGCCCUUGGUAGAGCUCGUGACAUUGUGAACCCUCAUCUCUUCAACCAGUUGGAAAGUCGAAGGGGAAGGUUUGAGGGUGAUGGUGGUGAGUGUAGGAUGGGAAGGAAAGUUAUAUUUGAUUGUGUGAGUGAGUGUUUGAACUUGAGAUGCAGGCGUUAUGUUGGUGGGGGGUACAAAAUGUGGACCAAAGGGGUUGCAAUGGUGAGAAGAAAUGAAUGGUUGGCAAGGGAAGUGUAUAAGGAAAUUUCAUGUUGGAGGGAUAUGGGGGAUUCAAUGGUGGAUGAGCUAGUGGAUAGGGACAUGAGUAUUCAAUAUGGACAGUGGCUUGAUUUUGAGGUUGAUACUUUUGAACUUGGUGCAGUGGUUGAAGUCCAAAUAUUUAAUUCUUUGGUUGAUGACUUGGUGGAUGAAAUCAUGCAAUUAUAACACAACGCAAUCAAUGCUGUGAGAUUUGAUUUUGGCAUUUUGGCACUCAAUUAUCAUUAUUAAUGUGUGUGCCUGUCCCUCCACAUGGCAUCUCUAUUCUCUAUAAACAACAUGAACAAACAUUUAUGAGAAUUUAUGAGAGACACGAGACAUAACUGUUGCUUUCCCUAGUUGUUUUAUUAAUUCUAUUGAGAGAAAUCAAUUGUGUACAGUCGUACACUUCUUUUUU